AUGCGCAAGCAAGACUCAACCACAACAACUAAGCUAAGCAGAUGCAUGUACAUAGAAUCGAACAUAUCCACACCUUUGCGAUACCUUCGUCUGCCUGUAGUUUUUUUUUUCUUCCAAGUUUGUCUAUUAACUCAUGAGACAAGAGUGGUUGGGCCUGUAUAUAAUUCAGAAUCAUCUCGCUCUCUCAAUAAGUGCAACUUGAGUAUACAUCAUAGUCAUUGCUUGCCCUCAAUGAGUGCGUCAGAUCCUCCGAGAAGAAUGCCAGUGUCAUACAAUUACUAUUUUAAUAAAGUGCUUACAAAAAGGUUACGAUAUGUGAACAAAAUCAACGUUUUAUUAGCGAUAUUGUUAAGUGUGCUGAUCCAGCUACCAUAUGGAGGUUUUUGGUGGAGUUUGGUUGCUACCCUUUAUAGGGCUCCAGUGAUAUAUUUAUCUCUAUGGUUGAUUAAAUGCAGCAGGAAGCUUAACUCCACUGUUGAAUACUCCCGGGCAAAAACCUUGGCAGAGCAAAUUGUUAGAAGCGUUGCAACCCGCCAGUACCUCAUUACAUUUGGUUUCUAUCUUGCUUCAAGUUGCUCCAUUUUCACCCUUUUCAUUUUUCAACUUCCUUUAAGACACCAGUUCAGCGUCAUUUCCAAAGAAUACCGUCGUAAGCCAGCCAUUAAUGACGAAUAUGUGUUCUUUUGGUUUCAUGCAUUUUUCAUCGCAUUAAUUUACUCCAUCCAACAUGUCGUUUUCCAAAGAAACAGACUCAACUUCAAAUAUGGUGUUAAUUCUGUCAAGCCCGAGUCAGUUCUAUUUGCGAAUAUUGCAGGUCUUCUUGGAAAUGCAAUUGUUUUCAACAUUUUUACUAGUGUGGUGUCUCCAUUUGUAUACUUUUCAGCAAGAUCCACAGUCUAUAAGGCCAACUGGCUUGUUUUCAAAAUUCUUUCCGUUGAUUCUUCUAUUCCAAGGUUCCACAUUUCUUUUGGAACUCUCGUUUAA